AUCAUCAGGCCCCGCAACUGGACUCGAUCGUACGCGCGCAGAUUGCUGAGAUGGGCAAAAGUGUCGCGGUAUGAGAGAGCAUAUUGAUGCUGACCGUGCGAAGAAAGAAGAGAAGAUUAUGAAGAAGAAAGCCGAGGAAGAAGCCAAACGGCGCGAGGAAGAGGAGUUGAGAUCGAAAGAGGAAGAAAGGUUGAGACGGGAAAAGAAAGCGCAACGUAAGAAGGAGAAGGCACGUAAGGAAGCGGAGUUCCGAGCGGAGAUGAGGAAGGACAUGAGUAUCCAGUUGGCGAUUCAGAUGAACGAGAUGCAUGACAAGUACUUCGCUUCGUGGCAGCAUUCUGGAGCUACACUGAUCGGAGUACGAUCCAGCGACAAAGAAAAGGAGCAGGUCAUAUACGAGCCUGGACAUUCAGCAUCCGAGUACAGUGAUGAUGGCAGUGAGGUGAGUGUUACACAGGAGCUGAGUGCUAAGACAAGGAAGCUCUGUUUGUCUGAAAAGCGAAAGCGUGGGCCCGAGUCAGUGUUCGAGGGCUAUCCUCCCAUGGAACGGGAACCGAAGCGGACCCCCAAGCGAGGUAGUGCGAAACCGGCGCAGCUGACGGGAAGGAUGACACGCGCCAAGAACAAGAAGUAUGUUGGUUUAUCACCGAUUUCGGCGAAGAAGCGCACUCCCGUCAAGACACCAUUAUGGAAGAGAAAGACCAAGACUCCGGCUAAAAAGACAUCACCAGGUACGCACGGGACUUCUGCGACCAAAGGAGCUCUAGCACGGCUACGUUACCUGAAUGCUGAGUUGAAAAGACUCAAGGAUCUCGACGCAAUGGAAUUACAACGCAUCUGUAAGGAAGAAGGUAUCCAGUAUGACAAGAAAGUUUACGCAAUUUUCGAGAUUGCCGAGCAUAGGACUGAGUUGGCUUUGGGUAAUGAGGAGUCGCAGAAGGGCGACGUCAUUCAGAUUACUGAAUCUGAUGUGGUUGAGAACACCGCUGACGAGCAAGCGAAGGGAAACGAGUAAGUUUCUUGAGUGUUCCGGAUUUGUGGUCAGUCUGUGGGUACUUGGCUGUUACGAUGUAAAUCUACUUGCGUGGAUCGUAAAGUCGAUAGACUAUUCAAGCUUGUUGUCGUGGUACUAGCACUGCAUGGUGAGUUGCGAUGGGCUAGUAAAUAUGUCGAUUGUUG